GCCGCGCUUGCUUGCUCGCUCGCUCACUUCUGUCAGCCAGCCAGCAGUGGGUGAGAGGAGCAACACCACACUUCACCAGCCAGCAACCGCCAUCGCUGACCAUCCACAGGAGUGAAGCAAUUUGCUCAUAAUUUGUGCUGUGGCAAUCGCCUCUCUCACCAGCUCGCAUCUGCACACACACACACACACUCUCUCUCUCAUUGAUGCACACCACGCGCUCACACGCAAGCGUCGUGGUUGGUUGGUUGGGUUUGCGGUUUCCAUUUUCAUUUGAAAGCCGAGGACCCCCGAGCUCCUGCAUUCCUGAUCCAUUGUUUUGAGGGAGGACGAGGGCAAGGACGAGCACGACUUGUGGCAGCAGCGACAACAGCGCAUCCACCCAUCCACAACACUGCAGCCACAACACACACACACACACGCACACACAGAGGACACCCACAACAGCGCAUCCACAACACACAACACAACACACAAAACACUCACAACACAGCAGCUGCAGCUGCACUUAACACAUCCAACCAACAGCACAGCCGCCAGCCACAACCACCAAGCAGCCAGAGAGACAGAGACAGAGACAGAGCAUGGCCACCUCCAGGACGGCCAAGACCGUCCUGCUGGCUACCAUCCUGCUGACCUGUCUGCUGGCUGGCACGCUGCUGCUGGCGCCACGAUCCCACUCGCCAUCCUCGCCGCACACGGCCUCCGAAACCGUCGAGCGCGAGCUGCAACCCCCAAGACUAUCUAUCCAACAGCCAGGCAGCCAUGCCCAGGCACAACACCGCUUGACCAACCCUGCAUCGAAGCCCGCGCUCACACGUCCACUGCCAACCACAAAGAGAAAACAACAGCAACAGCAACAGCAGCGGCAGCAAGAUGUGAAAGCGGAUGGCACCACGAAAACAACCACCACAACCACCACAACCCAGCAGCCUGUCGCCGUCAGCGACGUUGUUGCCGAUGCUCACAACCGCAAUGCCUUCACUGCGGCAAAGGUUCACAACAAGCAACAACAACAACAGCAACAGCAAGCACAUGGCGAUGAUGAUGACGACACAAACGCUGCCAAGCUGCUCGCUGCAAUUGAGUCCGAGGAAGCGAAGCGCCGUGCUGAAAUUCGUCGUUCACACAGCAACGGCAACGCCGCUGUCAGCGCUGUAGACCGCAACAGCAGAGGGGGCAACGGUCCCAACAACGGCAAUGCUGCCACGGACAACGAUGGCGGCGACGGCGACGACGACGACGACGAUGAGGUUGAGGCGCUGCUGUUCGACGACGAGGCGAAGAAGGUCGCCUUCCUCAAGCGGAACAGCGAAUCAAACGCAUUCCAUGACGUGGAGCCCGAGGACGACGAUGACCACCAGCAGCAGCAGCAGAGUAAGAAGAAGGGACGCGUGAGGGGAGGCAGUGAUGGCAACAACUGGAAAGGCAAGCGCCCACAACCCGGCGAGAUGACAGAUGAUGUGGACAUGGCGCCUGAAGGUGACAAUGAUGGGGAAGACACCAGCAGCGAUAAAGACGACAAGCCGCAGCAGGAUGGCAGCAGGCACAACAGCCAUGCUGCUGGUGACGACUACAGCAACGGCCACGGUGGUGAUGGCGAUGAUGAUGGCGACGACGCGUAUGACGACGACGACUACGAUGAUGAUGACGAUGGCGAUGAUGACGAUGACCUGAGUGAGAGCCAGAUGGGCGUGCGCAUGCAGGACGACGAGAGCAGCAGCAGUUCCGAAGGCUCGGCUGACAGCGAGAACUACGACCCGCAGGCGGCGCGCAAGCUGGCGCUGGCACGGCUGCGUCGCAUUGACAGCGACCCCGCUGUUGUUGCGCUCAAGGCCAAGAUGCGUGACAUGGCUAGCAGCGAGCUGAGCAGCAAUGCGCUGCAGCUCAUCUCCAUGCUGCGUGAUGCCGAUGCCAGCCACACCCUGGUCACCAUCAUCAGCGGUGGCUCCAACUCGUCCAAAUCGCGCUCGCCGCUGGACGAGGCGCUUCACAUCCAGGUGCACAAGCUGCGCGCCAUCAACCGCAACACCAUUCUGCGGACGUGGGGUCCGGAUGUCCUCUUUGUCACGCACGAGGACGUCGACACAACAAAUGUCCUCAAGCUCCCGCCCGCCAUCGAGUACUCCGGUCGCAACGGACUACCGCUGAAGGUCCGCGCCAUGUGGGACGACAUCUACACGCACAAGAUGCACCCGCAAUUUGAGUUCUUCCUGAAAGCAGAUGACGACACGUUUGUGCACCGCUCGCGACUCAGCAAACUCCUCCACACCCUCAACCCACACAUCCCCAUGAUCCUCGGGCGCAAGGCUGGCGGGCCAACGGGCUUCUGCCACGGCGGGGGCGGGUACGUGCUGUCGCGCGGUCUUCUCGACCACAUUGGGCCGCACCUCAACGACGUGUGCAGCAACAUCGACAUGUCCCAUCCAUGGGAGGACAUGUUCAUGCGCGAAUGUAUUGCUCGCAUCAUGUCGCUGGGCGGUCGCGGUUGGCAGACGUGCACGUCCCAGGCGUUUAUGGGCUUUGACACCCUCUACUACAACACAAAGAACCAAACGCUUAACGAGCAGCGCUUCCAGAAUGCGCUGAAGACGGACAAGCCGUGGCUGCAGGGCCUGACGACCUUCCACAGCGUGCACGCACCACUGACCCGCACCCUCAAUCGCGCCUUCACCGAACUCGAUUCUGAUGAGCAGCUCGUCAACGCCGCCGACUACAACAUGAUCCUCCAGAUGUACCGACGUGUGCGGUCGGCUGCGUGGCGAUGCGACAUGCCCUCCAGCGUCGCAACAGAAUCCCGCGCCGCGCUCUGCUCUGCCCCCGCGCUCAGGGUGCGGCUGGAACGCUUUCUCUUCGACGCGGACGUGUGUCUGUCAUUGCAGGACUGGAAGGUGGCUGUCUCCUCCACCCCGCGCCUUCCAAUCACAGCCAGCGGCGAUGAUGUGAACGCAGAUGGCGGUGCCGCUGGUCACGAAUACAUGCAAGCAGCCGGCCCUGACGGUCAUGACAGCGACAGGAAUGGUGAUGCUGAUGCUGAGGGCGAUGACUCUCGCUUGCGCAACGCCGUGUUCACAUAUGUUGCGUUUGGUCGCAAGGCAACCUCAAAACGCUUCCUCACCGUUCUCAUCAAGAGUCUGCGCGAUACCGGCAGCGAUGCGGAUGUGAUUGUCGCCGUCGCCUCGAGUGACUUUGACCCGGCCCUCGAAAGCACCGCGCAGGAGUUUAAGAACGUGGCUGUGGUGUCAUAUGAUCGCAAGAAGGUGCGCAAGACCCACCGCACGCUUGCGGAUGUUCCAGCCAGCUACUCGUCCUGCGUGUGGGCAACGGUGCUCCACCACGUGGAACACAAGUACAACCGCGUGCUCACGACGACGAUGGACACGUACUUCCAGCGAGAUCCGUUUACAGACAUUGCUGACCGGGGCGGCGUUGCGCACUUCCUCACCAGCCCCACCAUGACCUACCUCUCGCAGGACUAUGGUGGGUGGAUUGCCGACGCCAACACGCAGGCGCCACACGACUACCUGCGUCCGGAGCAGUGCAGCGAGCCAGACAACUGCCUGGAGCAUCGCAUCCAGGUCAACCUGGUGGUGAUGCUUGGGCAGGCCACCGCCGUCCGCAAAGCACUCACCGCCGUCAACCACCUCGUUGUCAAGGAGCGCAACACAUACAAGCAGGCGUUUACCGACCACGUGCGCCUGCGGUAUGCAGCACGCAUGUUCCUCAACGCCACGCUGUACAACGCGUACGACGGGCCUGCCAUCUGCCUCGCCUCUUACCGCUGUCUCUUUGAGCACAACAUUGAGAACUUUCUUCGCCGCGACCUCAGCGCUCGCGUUCGCUUCGGACCAAGCGGAAGGUUGAUUGUCAACCCGGACGAGCGACCGGUGGUGGUCAACGCACGAGGCGAUGUUGCAGCAAUUGUGUCUGGGUAUGCCGCCGCACAGCAGCACGGCCACCGCAAGUUUGUCGCUGAAGCGAAGCGGCGCGGAGCAACGCAGCGCAAGCGCGAGCAGCGGCGCCGAGACAAGAACGCACCGCACCUCAUUGGCUGAUGCGUUCGUCAAUGUCAGUGUCGCUCGUUGCAUAUUGUCAUACAUAUCAUACACUGUGUAGGAGUUGUUACAUUAGGACAGACUUUCGACCUUUCCCUCUCAAUCUCUUCUACCUUAUUUCCUCCUUCCUCC